AUGGCCAUUCCGGUUGCGUUGGCGGUCAUUAGCCUGCUUUACGAUUCCCUGCCAUCGCGUGUCCGCGAACUGUGUACAGCGCGCGCAAAUGCUUCCAUCAUACCGCGCCAUGCGACCGCCGACGCGCUCCUCGAGUCGAUCAUACCGAACUGA